UUGACGGUUGUUUAAUGUUGUGUUUUGCAUUAUUUGCGGUGAUAAUUUUUAACUAUAAAAAUUUCCAUAAUUUAUAAGGAAAACCAAAGUUAAUUUGAAACACAGAAUUCCCACGAGUUACCGGUUUUUUCCAUUUUCCAUAUCUCUAAUAACCUUCGCGGUUUAGUUGCUAUUUGUGUCACCAUUGAUAAAAAGUGAGAGUUGUUGCUGUAGGUUCGCACACAUCAGUAACUCAUUUUACACCCUGUUGCGACCAGCGCAGCCCGUUUAGUUGUCUGUGACCUGCGGAUCAAUUAAGACGUGAAAAUGGCUAGUGGAAGAAUCGUCGUGUAUGGCGGGCGCGGUGCUUUGGGCGCAGCUUGCGUGAACCAUUUUAAGAAAGCUAAUUACUGGGUUGCAAGCGUCGAUCUCAAUCCGAACGACAGUGCAGACGUUAACAUUACAGUGCCUAAAGACGCCUCGUGGGUCCAGCAAGAGGAAUACGUCGUAAACGAGCUUGGAGCGGCAUUGCAAGGCCAGAAAGUGAAUGCCGUGAUUUGCGUGGCCGGUGGCUGGGCUGGCGGCAACGCGGCGAAGGAUCUGAGUAAGCAAGCGGAACUAAUGUGGCGUCAAUCUGUUUGGAGCUCAACGAUUGCUGCGACAGUGGCUGCGAAAUACCUCAGCCCUGGAGGUCUGAUCGCUCUGACAGGAGCUAAAGCCGCGUUAGAGGGCACACCUGGAAUGAUUGGAUAUGGUCUUGCUAAAGGUGCUGUACACCAACUAACACAAUCCUUGGGCAGUAAAGACUCAGGUUUGCCAGAAAACUCUCUUGCAGUUGCAAUAUUACCUGUAACCUUGGAUACAGAAAUGAACAGGAAGUGGAUGCCUAAAGCAGAUUUUGGUUCAUGGACACCCCUUACCUUUGUUGCCGAGCUGUUUGGGAAAUGGCUGAAAGGAGAAGAGAGGCCUCCGAGCGGCAGUCUUGUUGCUCUGGUAACUAAAGACAAUAUAACUGAUUUGAUUGUACAAUAAUUCAUAAAUGUUCAUUGGGGAGUUGGCAACCAGAAUUAUAAAUGGUGUUUAAGACAAGUAUAUUAGUGUAACAAAAGCUUAGCUAAAUGGAACAUUUAUUAUGAUGACCACAGCCUGACAAUCAAAUGUCUUUAAUUAAUCUUCAGUCAUUAGUUCUCGGCCAACAAUUUAUUGAGACCAACUUAACAGGCAUGCACAUGCUUGGUGGGUACAGGAGAGUUCAUUUGACCACUUUCUGUGAUCAUCAGAUGAUCAUAGACUGUCCAUCAUGAGGAAAUUCACCUUAUAUUAUGACAAUGACAUUUAAAAUGUACUCAAAUUGUUUGAAACAUUAAUGGCUUCGAUUCUGUUAGUCAGUUGAAAGUCACUUUCUAUAAAUUUUAUAUGCUCAAAUCUUUCCAGUUCCUUAUGAUAACCUAAAUAACAGAACCCAAGUAAGGAACAAGUAUAAUAGUCAUCCGCAUGGAUAACUGUAGAAAAGGUGGUUUAUUAUAUUUAUUUGAUAACUCUAAGGUUGAUGCAAUAAUGACACUAUGUUAAAUCAGCCAUAACUUGUACUAAUUAUACAUUACAUGGUUGAUAAAAUAAAGAGAUAACAGUUUUUUAUAUUUGUAAUAUUGGCUGCCAAUCAAGGAACAUU